AUGCCUGGAUUACUUUCUCUCCCCACUGAGCUCUUGCAGCAAAUUGCUUCUUCACUACCCUGCUCCUCAGCCCUUAACCUACUUCGUGUCAACCACCAGCUACGCAAAGCAUGUAACGACCGUCUGGUCUUCCAGCAAAUUGCCAAACGUGAUUUGAACUACUCUUCCCUCUCCAAAUGGGGACUCUACGAUGGCCUAAUACUAUUCGAAGACGACGAUCCCCUUCUAACCUCAGCCUCACUGCCCGAGACCAUCCGCCUCGCCUUCGCAGCCGAAAAAUGCAUCAAAUCCUCGACCAAAAAGUCCGACGCCUGGGUCUUCAAAGUCCCAAAGAACACUAGGAGAUACGACGUCCUCGACUGGGUCCCCCACAUGACAGCCCUGGGACACUGCGCCAUGUCCUCCCUAAAACCCGAAUCCUUUGUCAUCAUCUACGACGACCUGCUCACGUACAAAUUCCCGGAAAACGAUCUUAUUGCUACAAACUUUGUGAUUACCUGCACGUUGCUCCACCAACUCCGCUACUGCAUCAGCGCCGAAACCCAGGUCAAGAAACCGCUAGACAGGCACUUCAAAGCAAACCCUGGCAGAUCCCAAACUUCGCAUGCAGAUUCAAUCACUCACCUCCGCAACCGCGUCCGCAGCUACGGCAGCUUUAAACAAGACUUCCACCUCGACGAAGCCGCCGCACUCUUGCCCACUUUCCUACUAGAACUAGCCGUCUACCGCCUCUUUCCUGAGCAGUUGCGCCGCCAGCUCCCCGCGGUAUCAAGUAUAUGUUUUAGAGAGCUGAUGCAAAUCCCACCCUUGUUCCCGCAAGACCCUUCGUCCAGCCCUUCGUUUGCCGAAUGCUACGUGCAGAAAAUGGUAACGCCGGGCUUUCUGGGGGGGAAAUGGACAGGCUAUUAUUCUGAGCAGAGGGACUCGGCGCAUGUGCGCUCGUUUGAUCCGCCCAUGCGCGAUAUCAAUAUCGUGGCGCGGGCGCCAGAGGGUGCGCCGGAUGUGGCUUCUGUGAUUGAUCGCGAAACGAGGGGUGUAGAUGCUCAUGGUGAGUUUUCGCUUCAGGGCCGCGUCAAGAAGAAUGGGCAGGUGGAGCUGGUGAAGCGGUAUAUUGUGAAUGCGUGGACGUGGUCGUGGAUGGGCUGUAUGACACCAUUUGGUAUUGCGGGGACGUGGGGACAUGAGUCUGCUGAGUUGGAUGAGUUUGAUAGUUUUGGGGGCUACUUUUGGAUUUGGAAGGAGGACUGGUGUGAUGGGGAUAGGUGA